GAAUCACUUCGUUUCUUUGUUUGUUUUAGUUACCGCGUCUGUGAGAUGUUGUACGAGAGAACGCGGCAGUUCCCCAAGGUUCUGUCUUGUUACUUUAGAGAUUCUUCUAGGGAGGUAAAGGCAAUUCAUUUGUGUAUUCUCGUUGUUUAAACCGCUUUAUGAUGAUCGUAACACCUCUCGAUCGUGCUUUGUUGUUUCUUUAUACUAAUAUUGUUCUUUCUUUGCUUUUUUCUUUCUUGCUACUUAUAUAAAGCAAUCUAUAUUUUCAGAAUAAUAUUUGUGACUCUUUGAAGUGCAGUUGCACUGAUUGCUCUUACUGCUGCGUGCAUCAGAUCUGCAUUGUUUCUCUUUUUCAGUAGUUAUUUUCACUUUUUUCUAACUUUCCCAGCCUCAAGUAUUCAACUAUGUCCAUUAUGUGAUGACGGAAGAUGGUUACACUGACCUGGAAAGAGAAGAACUAAAAGAAGCUUCACUUAACAGCUUAAAGGUUGGCGCAAAAGGAAAUGACUUAGUUAGGGGACAUGGGAUGGGGCGUCAACUACCCCUCUCCUACCUCCCCCUUCCCACGCCCCUCCCCACCCCCUCUCCCCAUGAGCAAUUUCGCGCUCUAGUUUAGGUUUUAUGCACUUAGGAAUUUUAUCUACAGACUCAAAAUUCAGAUACAUCUCGCACAGCUUGAUUAACUCUAGCAUAGGUUAAGACAUAUGUGACAUUCACACCAACUAAGUAUGUUUAAUUAAACGAGGUUUACAAAAAUGAAAAUUGGAACACAGGUUUAUACACAGAAUUCAAAAGGAAAGUAACAUGUUACCUAAUUCUACUAACUUUGCCUCCAAUGAAAGCACAGUUAGCAGCUUUUAUGAAACAAAUAUGCACCUAGUGUAACUAAACAGCGUUUAAAUAUAUUUAAGAUUUGUGUGAAUGUGACGGUAGUAUGAGGCGUAGUAAUUUCAAAUGAUAACUGAAUCCCGUUGUCUUUCAGAGUUUUCUGUCAAUUGACUGCGGUAAGACUGCGCACAUGAUUGUUACAGAGUUUCCAGAUACACUGACCGUAGUGGUUCGCCAGCUUGAGGUAAGGCUUUGAGAUAAGAUGAAUGUAGACUAGAAGAGCGCAACAAAUAGCGCCGGCCGAAACGACCGCGAAGCGUGGGGGGGUUGGGUAAGAGAAUGGAUGAGCGGGGAAAUUGACACUAGUGUCCAGUUUGCGCGCGAUUACUCAUUCAUCGAAUAGAUAUAUGAAAAUGUAAAAGGCCGUUAACAGUCUAAGACGAAUGUUCUUUCGGUUACACAUACCAGAGAGUUUUACUGUGUAUCCUACCACAAACAGACUUUCUUUGCAUAUUUUGUCUUGCUAAUCUUAAAUAAUUUUAUUGUCUUGCGUGUUUAACUUUUUCAGGGCCAACCCACAAUGCAAUACGAAUUCUUGAAAGGAGUGUUUGAUAGCAAGUAAGCUAAACUGCAAAAUAGUAGUCUUUUAUCACGAAAAGUAUAUCCUUGCUCAUAGUUACACACUUCCUAGACUUCGAGCAGCCUUUCUUUUGCUGGAAGAUCUGUCAGCGAUGAGCGAUUGCGAUAUGUGAGUAUUUAAGCGGAGAAGCCGCGAGCAGCGAGUUGUACGGGCGCCCGCAAAACUCGCUGCUCGCGGCUUUCCUGCUCGAAUACUCCAUAUCUCACUCCCUCGCAGAUUUUCGAGCAAAAGAGACUGCUCGCAGUUUGCACACGCCCUCGCAUAGCCUGCAAGCUACGAAAGACACAACCUGUUAAACAAUUUCUAUUUCGUUAUCGUAGCGUCUUGUUAAAAUGGAUCUCUCUUGUUAUUAAUGAACUUGUGCAAUAGGACGGCAGAGGAAAGAAGUCGAAAAACCUUGUCCGACACGCGUGAAAAGAAUUUCGUGUAAAAAAUACCCGCUAAACCUCACCUUUCUUUAAACAGAUCUUUUUGUAAAAGACAAGAACACGGUAAUUUUAAGUGAAGCUCACGAUGAAACACACACGUGAUAGCCCUGUCGUGUUUGCUACACACAAACUUUCUGCCGUCCUCUUCUUUCUGCUGUCCUGUUACGUAAGCUCUGUCUGUUUUUUUCUGGGCGUUGGAUAACGGCAUUGUUUUUCGGUUAUUUUCAGAUCAUCUACCCCUGCGCGGCCAGAGGAUUCUCCAGAUGCGGAAGUUCAUGAGAAGUACAUUGAACUGAUGUGUAAAUACCAACCCGACUUGGUUCAUAGUUAUUUGAGAAACACAGAAAACUAUAGACUGGAGGAAACUUUAGCGGUAUGCUCAAGUUGCUAUAGACUAGGUUUGCAUCAGAGGAGAUUUUUCCGGGUUCAUAAAUGUUUCUUGAUUUAUUGCAUUCAGGGUAUUUGGAUUCGCGGGCGUUUCGCACACCCGAUAAUUCGAGAACUUUCAUUCGUGUACAAAACAAUAUUCUCACAUUACGGAUACAAAGUCUCCGGACACGCGACCAAACCGGGACGCCAUUAUUUCGGAUUCGUGCAUCUGUCGGUAAAAGGCAAAUCGAAUCCCGUACGAAAAUGUCCCGGAUACGUCACGAGCACAAAAAAAUAUCCUUUAAUGUAAACCUGGCCAUAGUUGGUGUACAUAGGGUUCAGUUUUAACCUUUUUCGUGGCUACUUCUCUAAAGGUGUGCCGAUUAUGUCUUCAAGUAGGCAAUUAAGUAAGUUAUUCGGCAACAAAGUAGUUCGCAGUGUAAUUAACAACAGUCUUCACAUAAACGAUCCAUAGCAGUAGCUACUUGUCUUCUUCAAAAGAUGCUUUUACGGAUCACUUAGAAGAGAAGUGGAAAAGAUUCGAUCUCUGAAAUGGAGAUUCUAGCUUCCAUUUCGCGAAUGACAAUAUUUAUGGCCUUACUGUUUUUCCAUCCGCAGAUUGUUCGCCAGUUUAACAACACGUAUGCUACAGCGUAUCUUCUGGAAAAAGCUGGUGAUAUCCAUGGAGCGUUUCAACUUCUUUUAGAGGUAAUUCUUUUAAGGCAUUCGUAAUCAUUAUGUCCAAAAUCCUAAAGGCAAGCACAAAGUUUACUUACAACUUGUACACAAUGACUUCAAGAAAUCUUUGCUUGUUACAGUGUGCAAGGUAACAAAAACUCAACCGGAAUUCUUUCUUACCAGCGUGUGCUCCAAUUGGUUAUUUCGAGGUCACAUGACAUCUAACAGUAAAACUGUUUACAGCUAUAGUCGCUGAGCAGACAAUUUUGCAAAAAUCUAUGACGUCAGAGGGUGACAGAGCAAUGUUACCCGCGAAGUUUACCGCUCGCUGACCAUAAACCAAUAAUUGUGUUUUGACGCUCUGACAUAUCUCUUAAAACGUAUUUGACUCAUGCGAGAAGUUUUGCAACUUAUGAAAAGCUUGAACGUUUGCGUCAUUCAUCUGCAGACUUUGAAGGUUAAAGUGAAGAUUCUUUGUGAUGUUUUCGAGAAGCACGAGUUUCCACCCUCAAACGGUAUGUUGACAAGUGAUCUUUUCUUUUGGUUACUUCUGAGAGCUAUAAACACUAUUUACUGUUCACAUUAAACUUAAGUAACUAAAAAUUCUGCUGACUCCGGAAACGCUUUCUAAAGCGGAGACUGUCGAGAUAGGGGUCAUUAAAUGUUCGCGAUUUUAUAGUUCCAGUUUCCUGUUCCUUCGCGCUCUGCAGCGCCGGUCUUAUUUUCUGCCUCGCCUAAAACCUGUUUUAUUUUUCCCAUGUUUGUCUGCGGGUUCGUGUUUUCCUGCGGUUGUUUAGGCUCGAUUAUCAGCCGCUGUUCUUGAGAUGAGCCCGCGCUCUUUUAGGAACAAGACCGGGCACGACUACUCGAGGGAGCGGUGUAAAUCAAGCCUAGCCCUUGCUACCCUUUAGACAUUUUCCUGUGCUUAGAUCCGGCUUUACUUUAUUCUGCACUUGGAACUACCUAGCUGGUGGCGGUUUUAUGAUUUCCGCUAUUGGUACUUGAAUCAUGUGCAGGUGCUCACCAACCUUACAUAUUUUGCACGCUUGACUCCAAUUCACUUGAAACCAGCCUGACAUUUUCCCGUGCUUUACAGCUUGCACCGAUGACCGUCUUUUUUCCCUUGCGCUCUGCAUACAUAUUUUCCCGCGCUUUUUUUCUGUCAACGUGAUCUCUGAUCUUGAUGACGUUACAGAAAUCAGGAAGCUCACUGCAAACGUGGAAGCUGUCCUCUUAGGAGUCCUAAUUCCUUUGUGCCAAAGAAAUUCUGGAAGACUCGACGAAGCUGAUCGAGAGGUAUUGUGCCAUUUUUAAAUCAUUUUUUCAACUAAACAAGUUUUAACAGUGUGCGUUAGGAGCGAUUAAGAUUUGUUUUAAGUCACAUGAAGGUUACUGUAUCCUUAGAGACCCAGGGGCAGUCAGAUUCAACAGUAUUCCUUAACAAAGAAAACGAAUAAACGAAACAAAGAUGAUGGGCAGGUGACAUUAGGGAGCUUAAGCAAUGACCACGGCGACGGUUUGAAUUUUAAGGGAUUGUAUCAAAAAUCAGGAAAAGAAAAAGAAAAUUGUCGUUUUGUGUUCCCGUUCUCGACAAAACAUGAAAUUAGGCACUUUCACGUUGUAAGCGUGCAACGUCAGCUAAAAAAUUUACAAUGCAGGAUAAGGAAGACAGUUUUCAACAAGCAAACAAAUUUGUUCACCUCUCUAGGCAUUGUGGUUUCCUCUUCUGGAAACUGUCAUGGCACCUCAACGGAAAUGCAAAGACACAACAAGUGCAUAUUUUCUAGGUAAGCAACUCUGCUUUGGUGCUCUCUUUUCCCCUCUUGUCGCAAUAAGUAAAUAUGGAAUUUCAAAGCUAAAUUAAAUGUUUUGGAUUGCUUACAGCCUUCAAGGAUCAAACAAGACACGUUCUGAAUAGCAUGAUGGGAUACAUUUCGUUACCAGCUAUUCUUCAAAAAAUAAUGCAGGUUUGCGUGAUAGUUUACCGAUAGAAUCUUUGCUCAGUAAAGUUCUUAUGUACAGGCGUUGUGCUUUAAAUCAAGAGAUCAUAAUUGGACAGAGUGGAUGUCUAAGGGUGUUGGCCAGGAAAUCUUAAUUUCAAAAAAGUUAUUUUUAGAAACUGUGCUGACCAUGCCGAAACAGUUUCUGGUGAACUGACUGACUUUCUGAAGACUCACUUUCAUGAUUCAGGGCGUCAUAAUUUUCAUUUGUUGGCUCCGUCAAGCUUUAAAGCACUGAAUCAUGAAAGUGAGUCUUGCGGAAGUCAACUAGUUCACCGGAAGCUGUUUCCGCAUGGUACGCAUAGUUUCUAAAAAUAACUUUUUUGAAAGUAAGAUAUCCCAAAGGUAUGAGUUGGUGACUACCUCUCUCUCCGAUUAUGAUCUCUUGUUUUAACACUAUUACACAUAUCAUUUCUUAUCAGCUCAUUUUGUUGCUAUAGGAUCCAACGUACAGCACUGGCAAAUUUGGGGAAAUCAAGGAACUUAUUUUAGGAAUGUUAGAUACUUACAGUUAUGAAUCGGUAAGUCCAGCCUUUAAAGUCUUUCAUUUCCCUGUAUUUUACAACAUUUCAUUUUGCAAAAUGUUGGCAAACAAUCGUGCGAGUAAAAGGAUAGGCACCUCGACAUUUCCCCGUCAUCAUACGUCAGCUCGUCAGCUUAGUAUCCUGGCGUUGUAUGGAAGCGAGGCUGGAGGUGACCACAUUUUGAUAAGUACCUUAUUUUCAAAUGUUUAUUUUAACGAAAUAAAGUCACCGCCGGCCGCUCUUCCACUCAUAGGUUAGGUUUGCGUAGUAUACAACUGUAAAUUGGCCUGUUCGUUGUGGAACAAGCGAACACUCAUUAAACGGCGUCCCUGAUCUAAUGUUAAAUUUUUCUUUUGCUUGGUAAGCAUAUUAAGUCGAAUUGAAAGGAGAAUUUGGCAGUUUGUCAGAAAAAUCACGUGGCAUUUUAUUCCAGGUGUAUCAUGGUUAAUCACGUGUACGGAAACAUCCUCCAUAUAUCAUUCAUUUUGUUCCAGACUCUUUUAAAAACUACAAACAAAUUACUAGCGAGUGACCUUCAUUCCUCGCUCAGUAAUCUUAAAAAUCAGAAGAACAUUGGAUACUCACCCAAGACAGUCAGAUGUGCCAUAUGCCAGAGACUUUUUACCAACGACCACGUCAGCAGUCAGCCGGAUAAACUACUAGUCUUUAGGUAAGGAUAGUUGAUGUUUGUUAUAUGACCCUUUUAUGGCAGUUUGCAGUUGAGUUUAGUGAAACUAAACCAAAGUAUUUUUUUAGCCAAUCAGAACAUACGUAGACCGUCAAAUGAACCAAUCAGAUCUUAAAAAAAAUACAAGGAGGGUGCCAAGCGCGGGAAAAAAACGCGUGUGAAUAAGAGGCCAGUAGUUUUAGUUUCAAAACUAGACUCCUGAUUUGUUGAGAAAUUGGUGCGAGAUUUUUCAGCCAAUCACAAACCGUAGCAAUGGAAACCAAAGGAAUCUUAAGGUGCGUAAAUUUGACGUGUGUACGCGCGCAAAAAUUACGAGGCAGUGGAAACUAAAGCCACCUUUAGUUAAAAAUUCCUUUUCUUUUAUCUCAUGUUUUUCUUUCUUUUUUUCUUGUGCAAAGGAAAUGUUAGUUUUGCGACUAGGAGUUCGAGUGAGAAUCUCACGCCGGCGCUUUGCGCCUUAAAAAAAACAUUUUUGAGACAAAAAUACCUAUUGUUUUUCGUUCGGACUUACUUUUUUAUCAUCUGACAUUCAUGUUCCUUGGUUUAUAUUGCCUGUAAAAGUGCUUAGUGUCUGUAAGGGGACAUGUCUCUGUACAGUAACGUUGAACUAACAAUUUCUUACGGCUUUCAGAUGCGGUCAUGUGUACCACUCAGAAUGUAUGGCAGGGACUACAGGAACGGAAGGAAACUGGAUUUGUAUCCUCUGUAAUAAAACAGGACUUUCCCGCCUUUCCUCGCGGAAAGGCAAAACGUCGCUGGGAAAAUUAGCCAAACCUUCUUCCUCCACAGCACAGGUAAAGUGUCUCCAACUGGUUGGGAUUCGACUUCGUCGCGCGUUAUUGACAUAACACACUGAAGGCGGGCGUGAACAUGAAGCUUGCUUUAAUUUCAGUCAUUUCCUCCUUUAAAUUCCACGAUACGAACCUGGUAGAUGUCCUUAACUUUCCAAUCUAAAGGUGUUUGAUUGUUUUUUCUUCCAUUAGAAACCGGAAAGUUCUAUGGCGCCCAAGAAGAUAGACGAUACUCAAAAAGUAAGUUGUUUUAAUCGCAAAAAGGUUCCUAUUAUCGCCCUACCCGGUAGCCUAGCCAAUUCUCUGGGAUGAGAAACAGUCUACCCGUAUUUACGGGUACGUGCACCGGAAACGAUGUAUCUUAAGGUCCCUAUUAUCGUCCUACCCGUUAACGCGGUCGUUUCACCGGGAUAACAAUCAGUCUACCUGUAUUUACUGGUAGUGUAUCUUACAUUUGUGUUACAAGUUUGUCUUUUGUUUUUACAGACUGAAAGAUCCGUUCCGUCGUUAACACAGCAACAGUUUGAGUCUGUGAGUCGGCUAAAGGCGCAAACCAAAGGUGCUUCACGGGUAAGCAAAUAACCGCUCCACCCGGUACUCCCAAAGCUUCUGGUACGGGGGCGCUCCUUCUGUUUCAAGUUUCAGGUGUAUAAAAGGAAAGGCAUUUCAGUAGCUUGCGCCACAGGUGAAACUAAACUCUGGUUAACUCUGUCUGCGAAACGGGAAAUUUCUGCUUGUGGAAUCUGGAAUCCUGGGCUUUGGAAUCUGGAACACGGCUUUAGGAAUCCAGAAUCCCACUAACGAUUGGAAUCCGGAAUCUAUGUUCCACCGACAAAGUCCGCAAUCCAGUACCUGGAAUCUGGAAUCCACGGUGUGGAAUCCAGAAUCCAAAGACUGUCUUGGAUUCCCUUUCAUUGAGCUAGAUCGGACUUUGUAUUUGUGAUUAUAGAAAUAAUGUCCUUUUGGGAGUGGGCAUCUCUUUCAAUCAUUGUUAUGUUUUUUCCUUGCAGUUCGCCAUUUUAACAGAAUUAUCGAGGACAAGCGAUGCGUUCAGCCUUAACUAUGGCUCCCGUUUGACGAACUCCAGCAGUAUUUUUGAGGACGAACGAUUUAGAUUGCAUCUGGCGCCCCCACGAGAUUAACCUUUGGUUAUUUUUGUAAUUUAAAAAACUCGGUUGUUGAUCUCAGUGUCAAAUGACUCUAGUCGCGUCACGUGGCGAUCACGUGGGUUAUUACCUUGUUCAGGGUAUGUAUACUCUAUUUUCAAAAUGGAGGUUCUGUUUUAGCUCUCCUAACCUUUUAUGGCGCCUAGCAACUUGUUGACGAAAUUUUAAUUCACGUGACCCGCAGUUCUUAAAUUUUCUGUCCUUGUCUUUCCUCCUUCUUCGGAAAGUCUUUUGAGCUUGUUGUAGUAUAAAUGCGACGUUCUUAAGGUGAUGUUAGGCGGUACGAUUCGCAACGACGAUUUUUAGCGCAACACAGCGUGGCAGUAUUGGAACAAUGUUGUAACUAUUCCAAACAAUGUCGCAACAAUAUUGCAAUGCUGUGUUGGGCUAAUAAUCGUUGUGGCGAAUCGUCUCGUGUAACAUUACCUUUAAAGUUAGGGAAGAAUAGUGGGGAGAGAAGGAUAAAACAAUUGAAAAGUAAGUUUUGAGGAAGUUCCCUUCAAUAGACCAUAUUGACCGUAAUGUCUUGUGCGGGGUGAGCCUUGUUUUUAUGUGCCGGGAAAAACACAUAGACAUCCGCGGAUUAUUCGGGGUUUUACCAUAUCGGAAAUGCCCUCGAUGUUCCCGCUUCGUCCCCCACCAACCAUCUCAGACGAUGAAGGGUGUCUAGAAGAGUUUUUAUUAACGUCAGUCAGGCUAUCGGGACAAACGGGGAACUUCGAAAUCCCCAAACGUCUGGGUUUUUCUCGACAUGUAUGUCGUGGUUCAAUUUUAUCCUUGGUUUAAUUUUUAUUUUCCUUUGUUUCAAACUCAUUAUCAUACAUUACCAUACCCAAAACCAAAGAAAAACAAACUUUAAAGCAAGGGUAAAACUGAACCACAACAUAUACCUUAACCAUGGUUUAUCUGAGGAGGAGAUGGAAUAUGCUCUGUUGUUGGUGACUUAAAUCGGCUUGCAAAAAAUACAGAAAUGGUUCACAAGCAUUUGAAUUAUUUAAGGUAAAAGAACUGGGGGAAAAAAUCCUGACCAUAAUUCCAAGUUUAAAUUUCAAUUUCAAAGCCGUUCAUUUUAGUUGUUAUCUCUCUAAAGUUUGUCACAAAGUGAUAAACUUUGUAAAAAUUACAUGUAAAAGAAACUUAGGGUAUGUAAAUGAAACUUAGGAUAGCUCUUGCGCCGGCACGAAAUUAUACCGGAUAGGGCUUCCGUUCACACGGUGAUUUCGCCGCGAUUUCUGUAACGGCACGCGCCUCGCCGAUCUCUUAAGUGGAGCUGAGUUACAUAUCGGAUAGGUGUUCACACCUGACCGAAUCAGGAGCCCAUAACGCGGAGCGAGCAACUUCCAUGCGCUCGUGUCACGGCGUUUUCACCGAGCAGUUUAUUUUUAGAACGGUUUUGGCGCGAAUUUUGAACAUCUUUUAAAUUCCACAAACC